AUGAAUAGUCUUCAAAAACCCAAUAUUUACAAUGAAUAUUCGCCAUUCAAUGAAUCAAUCAGACAAUAUGGUUCGGACUUGUUCGAUGAAAUUCGAGAAAAUUUGUCACGCACCAUCCAGAUAGGAGAAUUAAAUCCUGGCCUUUUAAUUUGGUCACGGAAUUUAAAAGAAUUCAUUUUAAAAUAUGGAUUUUAUUUUUCCAAGGUCGAUCAUCUUAAAUUAAUCAAUUUAUAUCUUUCUAUUCUCUCCAUUACUGAUUUGAAUUAUAUCUAUGUUCAACUAUGUUUUGACAUGCUUCGUGAUCUCCUUCGAAAGACUCGUUUGAUCACACGAGAUGACUUGGAAAUUGAUUGGAGAAUAUUAUAUUAUUGGGCUCGAUUGAUUGAUGAUAAUCAUGAUAAAAUUAAUGGAUUAGUCACUUUACCCGGGUUCCGUCUAAUCGAUAUUUUUUCAUCAGUGGCUUGGCAUAAUAUUGGUUAUAUUAAUUGGGAACCAUGGAUGUCACAAAUCUUCACACGAAUACUCAGAGGAUUUUCACUUCCAAUGGGUAAACCACAAAAAACUCCACAAAGAUAUCCCCAUUUUGUCCCAGAGGUGGCAAAAUGGAUUGUUGCGAUGAUAGGCAAUGACAGUUCGUGUCUACAAUACUUGACAGAUCUGUUAAUUAGCAUUCGAAGUUUCUAUCAUCCAUCAAACAUGGGCAAAUUUCAGAAAAAUCUAGUCGAAUUUCUCUUGAAACUUACCACGUAUUUUGUCGAUCGAGUUCAUUUAGAACGCAAAGCUCAUCCUGUUUGGUUUUUCACACCACUGUCAUCUCAUCGACUGACGGAAGAAAAUAUCACUGAUUUUGUCAAUUGUCUCAAAGAGUAUGUUUUUAUGUCUAUUUUUAAUCAAGAUUAUACAGAAACAGCAGUAGAAGCUUGUCAUUAUCUUUCGAUACUUCGGCCAGAAUUAAUAAUUCCAUCUAUCGUUGAAAAACAUUUAUUGGCGAUUGAUAGUAUGACUGAACCACAUCGAUUUACAUCCAUCAUCACUUGUUUAACACACAUUGCUCGUCAAAUAGUACAACAAACACCAUCUUAUACUCAAGGUCAAACUUAUGUUUUACCGUUACUGAUAUCUGUAUUACCUGGUAUCGAUCUGAAUGAUUUUAAGAAAACAUCCGUUACAUUAGAACUUCUUGACAUUAUAUUGAUGCAAAUCACAUGUAUUGAUUGUUCAUCGGCCGUAAAUAUUCGAACUGAUUUAACUGAAAUUGAAAGAGAAGUAUGUUUAUCGACAUCGAAAUUUGAAGGUUUUAUCAAUGAAUUUCUGAAUCGAAUAUUUCAUAUCAUUGAGAUUUCAUCGGCCGAGAUAUCUGAUGCGGUAACGACGGAUGCAAAUGAUAAUAAGCCGGAUAUAGACAUCCAGCCAAAAGUGACUUCAAUCCUAUUCAAUAUUGUUCAACAAUGUAGCAACCCUAUUUUUCAAAAAAUUCGAGAGAAGAUAAUGGAUUUUCUUAGUAGUCAAUGUUUAUCACCAAAAGUACGAGACAUCGCUAGUGGUCUCGUUCGAGCACUUGUCAAAGGUAAUCCAAUGGAAACACUGAAAUAUCUUCUUCCUGAAAUAUGCGAAUCUAUUAAAAACAAAUUUAACAAUUCUGAAUCAACAUUAUUAACUGAUUACAAAGAUAAUAUAGAAUUGAUCUGGUAUUUAGUUGUCUUUGCUGAACUUCUCCGUGCUCGUGGUGAUGUUUUACUAAUCUAUAAACAAUUGAUUAUGUCUGUAUUUCAUCAAUGUAUUCAAAUUGUUAACAAGAAUUCAUAUAAAGCAGUGGCUAACGCUGUUAUAAAUUUACUUGAAUCUCUUUCCUAUUCGUAUCCAGUUGAUUAUCGACUGUUGGUCAUCAAUAGUGACGAAUCAUUCGACAAUUUUUUACCAAUUCGACUAUGGGGACAAUCUGUAGAUAUUGAUAAAGUUCAACCUCAGUUUCACAUGCCCAGUAUUGAUGAAAUUGAUUUUGUUUACGAAUUUGUCGAAAUAUUUCUAUAUCCUGAAUUGGCGCGAUUGAAUGAAAAAGGUUUAAAAAUGUCCAAUAACGAACGAUUGAGAUCUCUCACCAUUAUUCAGUCGAUCGCCGAAGGAGCCUUUUGUCUGGUGCCUCCUAUUGAAAGUAAAGAAGUACAAAAUCUUAUGGUACAAUCAAUGGUUCCAUAUUAUUCCAAAUAUCGAAUUCGACUCUCAAAAAAUUCAACAGAACUUAAAUGCCGAGAGAAUUUGCGAUUACGACUCUUCAUCGAUAUUGGAUUGCUCCUAGACAAGCUCGUCGAAAAUCAUUCGGAUGAUGUUUUAUCGAUACAAAAAGCUCUCGGAUUCUAUCGAUUAAUUUCUAGUUAUUACGGUAUUUACAAGCAUGGAAUUUAUGAUUUGUCAAAAGAUUUCGGUUCUCAAAAAAAAUUAUUAAAAAACAAACUAUGGGGUGAAAGACAAAAUCUUCGUUUCUUAAUCAUUCGAGAAAUGGCUUUGAAGAUUAAAGAACUUGAAACAAAAGGUAAUUAUGGUUCAUUAAAUGAGAUUAACAAAGAGAUAAUCUUCAAAUUAUUCGAACUAUCGAUUAAUCGAUACAGUGAAGUGCGUCGCAAAGCACAAGAAGACCUUUUUUGCCUAUUCAAUCGUAUUCACUUCUCAUAUCAAGUGAUUGUUGAUCGUAUUGUCGAAUUACUCAAGAGCACAAGCGAACACGAUCAUGAUCAAAUCAAAGGCUGUUUAUACUUACUGCUUGGUGAUGAUUGUUUUUUCUUACCAACGAAAUAUUCGUGGACGACCAGGAAAAAACUAUGGCCACUAAUCGCACAUAUGACUCAUACAAAGAAAACUAGUACUCAAAAAUUGAUCGAAGAUAUUUAUAAAAAGAUUUGUAAACAAUUCGCUACGGAUAUUAUCAUUCAGAAUACUAAUGAAAAAUCGAUUUGUGCAGCUAAGACUCUAUGGCGUUCAUUAGAAACAAACGAAAUGCAACAAAUCGAAAAAUAUAAUCAAAAUAAUAUUCAGUCCUACAAUCGUUUAAUGGAAACACUUAGUUUAUUAUUAAAAGAUUCUUCGUUGACAUGGAAAGAACAAGAAAUCACAUUGUCAUUAUUAUGUGAUCUUCGUCAAAAUCGUGUGCCAAUGCCAUUAUCCUGUAUUGAAACUUUUCUCGAUUGUCUCAUUCAUGAUCAUAUAGAAAUACGAAAAUUAGCUAUCAUAGGAAUUAUUUCAUUAUGUCGUUUGCAAAAACCACCACGCAUCUAUGUAGAAAAAUCUCUCGAAGAAAUUUUAUGUAACAAUAGUAAACCACUUCCUCAUAUGACUACUGAUCACUGCCAUCCGGGUGAUCGGGAGGAUAACUUAUGGUUGACAUUUAAUGAUUAUAAACCACCGGAAACACAAAUCGAAUGGGAAGAAACAUGCUUUUUAGAUAAAUCAUUUCAUGGAUAUUAUACUUGGCCAAAAAUAAUUAAAUACCCAAUGAAUAAACGAGCACGUUAUACAAAAGAUCAUGAAAUGCCCAAAGAUGUAACCAUUUUAUAUGAUCGUUUUAUGAAUAAACAAUUUGUAAGACAAAUCACACAAUUGAUGAUUUUGAACGAGAACGAGAAUGAAGAACAAAAGAAAUUUGAUAAAGACCAAUUUGUUAUGUUUAAAGGUCUAUUUCGUAAUUUUGGGUUGGCAUUUUUUGAUAAUUUCAUAGAACAAUUGAACGAACUCAUUCAUGAAAAGAUCACAGAAAAACAAGAAGGCAGUCAUCGAGUAGCUGCACAAAUUGUAGCAGGAAUGAUUUGCGGCUCAACAAAUUGGACAUUAAAAAUGUUGAAUGAACUAUGGGAAAAACUCACGCCGUUACUUACUGAAGUUUGUAAUAAUCUAAAUUCCGAAAUAUUAUCGCAUUGGAAUGCAUGUUUCUUUUAUAUCAUUAUAAAUAAAGAUCCACGUCGAAUGUUCCGCGUAAUUCAUUUUCUGUGCACACUAAUCAAUGCAAAAUCAACAUCGAAUACAUUUAAUGAAUCAGCACGUUGGUGCUUAAUUCGAAAUUUAGACGAAUUUCAGUGGCGCAUACCAUCUGUUUGGUGUGAAGUGUAUAAACACAUUGCAGAAUUACUCGAUCAUUCAUCUCUAAGCGUUCGUACUCGUAUUGCUUAUGUAUUAGCGUUGUCAAUGAGCCAUGAUGUCACAUUGCUCGAUGGUCAGUCGACACGUCAACCAAAUAUUAAUGUAUUUCUCGACACUAUAUCUGAACGAUUGAAUCAAGCCAUCGAAAUUUGUGAAAGAUUACCAAUAAAUUUGAUAUCAGAUCAGAUUCUUGAGACUGAUCUGGAAACUCAGAAAGCUUUCCAUUUCAUUGAAACAGUGGUUAUGACGAAUUUCUAUAUAUUUUACUAUUCUCAGCAACCGAUCAAAAAUGGACUUCUUCGUCUUUUUCCUUUCCUUUGUGAAAUCAAGAGUGUUGCGGGCUGUGAUGAGAACUUUAAAGCAUGUUUGACAGCUAGUCGACAAUAUUUUGGAAUCAGUUAUUUAAAUCUUUCCUUUUUAAAUACAUUCGUUCAACAACUGUCACAAAUUUGUGUAAGCACUAAAUGGCAUGCACGUCGAGCGGCUAUUGAAUUUGUUGAAACCAUGAUUUUUUGUAAUCUAUUCAAUACCCGUUCUUGUGCUAAACAAGUAUAUGAACUCGUUCUCAAGUGUCUCUCUGAUGAACACUUCGAAGUGCGAAUAGCUGCACGAAGUACUUUAUCUGAUUUAUAUCAAUGUGGCUACAUUCAAGUAACAUCGAAAGAACUAGUACGAUAA